AUGUCGACCACCCGCGUUGCAAUCGUAACUGGUGCUGCUCAGGGAAUUGGUCGCGCCAUAGCUCUGCGACUUGCUGAUGAUGGAUUUGACGUCGUCCUUGCAGAUAUCGAGUCCCAAACUGCUCUAGUGGACGACACUGUAUCCGAGAUAGCAAGGAAGGGCCGACAGGCCCUAUCUGUUCCUACAGACGUUUCGAAGGAAGAACAAGUCAAAGAUCUUGUCGCAAAGACCGUCGAAACUUUUGGGGGACUUGACGUGAUGGUUGCAAAUGCUGGUAUUGCCUCAGCCAAAUCGUUGUUAGAUGUUUCGGAGGAGGAAUUUGAUAAAGUGAUGUCUAUCAACAUAAAGGGUGUACUCUUUUGCUACAGACAUGCAGCCCAAGCCAUGAUAAAUCAAGGCAAGGGAGGUAGAAUCAUAGGGGCAUCGUCUGCUGCCGGAAAAAGGGCCAUUAAAGGUUGCGGUGCAUACAACGCCAGUAAGUCUGCGGUCCGGGCUUUGACUCAAACUGCUGCCUCAGAAUUCGCAAAAUACAAUAUUACGGUUAAUGCUUACGCUCCCGGCAUUAUUGAUACCGCUAUGAUUGAAGGCGCGUCAAUCAUGCUAGGAUUGGACGAGGUACGAGUAAUAGAUUUAGCAGAUACUAUGUCGAUUGGCCGCCCUGUCAUAGAGCGUAUCGGUAUGCCAGAGGAGGUUGCAGGCGUAGUUUCGUUUAUCGCAUCCAAGGAUUCUUCCUAUGUCACAGGACAGGCAAUAUCAGUGGAUGGAGGCAUAUACUACGGUUAA